GACUAGCAGAGGUUGAACCUUGCCCAUCUGGAAAACAUUUUAUCUUCCUCUUUCUAUAUAAGUUCAACAUGGAAUCUAUUUACAAUUCUAUCUUUUACAGAUAAGAUAGAGAGAGAUAGAGAGUGAGGGUUUUAGAGAGACAUAAGAAAAAUAGAGAUUGAGGGUUUUAGUGAGAGAUGGCAAUGAGUAAAGCAGCAGCUUUUUCAUCUGUUACUCCAAUUACUUCAAAUCAAAAUUCAACUUCUUUAAACUCUUCACUAUCAUCAACAUCUGUUUCCUUCUUUUCAUCCAUCUCUAAAUCUUCUUCUUCCUCAUCGUUUCCAUUAACACUUAAAAGAACAACAACAUCACCAUCUCCUUCAGUUCUAUUCUCAUUUUUCUCUUCAAAGAAUAAGCAGAUUAAUGGAGCUUCUGAGUACAAGUUUCCAGACCCCAUACCUGAAUUUGCAGAAGCUGAAACUGAGAAAUUUAGGGCUAAUCUGAUUAAGAAACUCUCAAAGAAGGAUAUCUAUGGAGAUUCUAUUGAAGAAGUUGUUGGAAUCUGUACUGAGAUCUUCAAUACUUUUUUACAUACUGAGUAUGGAGGUCCGGGCACACUUCUAGUCAUCCCUUUUAUCGAUAUGGCUGAUACAUUGACUGAAAGAGGACUUCCUGGUGCUCCACAAGCCGCACGCGCAGCACUUGUCUGGGCGCAAAAACAUGUGGAUAAGGACUGGAACAAGUGGACUGGUGAGGAUGAUGGUGAUGAUAACUAGUUGAAAUAUGUCUUCUUUAGCAGGAUAUUCAUCUUCCAAAUUUUGUAGUUCUGAGCUAUAUAUGCUUCACAGUAGUUCAAUCUUGUUUAGUUUUGUAGUUUUGGUUCUUCCCAUGGUUAGAAUAUGAUGAAUGAUCCAUAUCAUGGAGAACAUGCCGAAUGAGCUCGUCAGGCUAGAUUAUGUUAACACUGUAUGCAUAUAAAGGAGGCACUAUUGAUAAAAUUUUGUCUUGUCAACUCAUUUCAGUAUAAAUACAGGUAGGUACAAUUACAAUUUUCUAUAUGUUCAAACAAGUCUGUAUAGCACAAUCUUUAGAGUCGCCGUUUGUGAUUACUGUGACAUACAGCGGAACACAAAAAACAGCUGCAUCCAAAUGUGACCCAACACUUGUUCC